AUGCUUUUCUCUGGCCGUGACGACAAUGGUCCAUAUGGGGGUUCCUGUCCCCAAACAUCUCCCGCUUGCUGGGAGACGGAUGGAUCUGUUCUGAGCCAUGUACUGCAUCUGUACGUUGCCGUUGAUGACAAUCCCUGUUUUGCCUGCAUGCUUUUCUCUGGCCGUGACGACAAUGGUCCAUAUGGGGGUUCCUGUCCCCAAACAUCUCCCGCUUGCUGGGAGACGGAUGGAUCUGUUCUGAGCCAUGUACUGCAUCUGUACGUUGCCGUUGAUGACAAUCCCUGUUUUGCCUGCAUGCUGUUCUCUGGCCGUGACGACAAUGGUCCAUAUGGGGGUUCCUGUCCCCAAACAUCUCCCGCUUGCUGGGAGACGGAUGGAUCUGUUCUGAGCCAUGUACUGCAUCUGUAG